CUAACAUCACGUCAGAUUCCUGAGUCGAACAAGAGAUCGUUCAUAUUUACAGCUUGAGGAUGGAUUUGAGGAAAGUUCCUGAUGAAGAGAAAGUCAACUUAUGCAGAAAAUAUUUCUUAGGAGGAUUCGCUCUGCUGCCAUUUCUUUGGUUUAUCAAUGUAGUGUGGUUCUUUAGGGAGGCGUUCAUCAAACCAACCUUCACUGGACAAUCAAAGCUGAAAUCUUAUGUUAUUAAAUCAGCAGUAGGAUUUCUUAUAUGGUUCGCUGGUUUGACGGCAUGGAUUAUCAUUUAUCAGAAAUAUAGAGCAAGCUGGGGAGAGUUUGGAGACAAAAUUUCAUUUGUCAUACCUCUUGGAGAACCAUAAAGCAGAUCAACAUUGCAAUUUUGUUUACAUUUUGUAUAUCUGCAGCCAUAGAAGCAUGAAACAUAGUUUAAAAUCUUCAUUUCAAGGGAAUAUUACUGUUUUUAUCUCAAAGUCAGAGGUAUUCAAUCAGUCUCCAAUCCUCUGUUCCCAUUCUUCACAUUCCUUGCAAUGCCUCCUGCUCUUCCCUUCUUUGCCCUUGCUUCUUGUUCCUCCUUUGAUAGAGUUUGGGAGAUAGCAAUCAAAUACUACAUCACUCUUGCACAUUGAUCAGAAAAGUGACAGUAACAAAUGCUCUGAACUUGUCACAGUAUUCACCAAACAUCUGCAGCAAAGGCAUUGGCCAUCCUAUAGUUCAUAAUACACUGCUCAUUCUGGCUGAUAGGGGGCUGGCUCUGAUGAACAUUUUCCAUGCUGCAGGAUUGAGAGCCUAGAAAAGUACCUCCCUUAAUGAUUGAAGACCUUAGAUUACAAGAUGGAAACGGCAGUAUUCUUAAUAAGGGUGGGAAAACAAAUGUUUUAAGCUAUGUUUCAUGCUUCUACCUAAAAAGUUUUGUGAAAAUGAAAAAGAAGCCCUUUCUGAGAGAGUGCCUCCUGACUCUAUGGCAGCUACAAAUGGACCAAUUAAAGCACAAAUUAAUGCAGAAGUUGUAGAAUAUUACACAUUUGAACAAUGUAAAUAUUUGCUGCAAAGCCCAAAGUUUUUUUAUUAAACAGUUAAUGAGUUGUCAA